CUAUAGGUAACGCAACGGUCCAAUCACGCAACAGUCACGGUCAAGUCAAAUAUUAUUAAACUAUUUUUGAAUUGGCAUGUCUACAUUAUCGAUAAAGCUCACGUCAUGGUCCAAUCACAAUCAGCUAACGAUCAAUUCAAACAAUAUUUUAUCGGAGCGAUACCUGCCCUUUCCUAGGAUAAAUUAUCAGUGUGAAUUAGAAACGCGCACGUGCCAGUCGAUUUGAAUUUUUUUUGGUUUUGUGAUAUUUGUCAUUUACAUUCAUAGUACCAUGAAUAAAAAAACCAAAGUUACUGGCUGGGAUUUUGAGAAAAGUGAACAGUUGAUUGAACUGGUGAGGAAUAAGCCAGAAUUGUAUGAUUUAAAAUGUCCCCGAUAUAGUGACAAUAUUUGUAAACGAAGUGCUUGGAAUGAAAUUGGAUCACAAUUGAAUGUACAAGGUUCAGAGUGUAAAGAGAGAUGGGAAUCUUUAAGAUCACAAUACCGUAAAAAUGAAAAUAAACAAAAAACUAAAAGUGGUCAAGCUGCGUCAAAUAUUUCCAACUGGAAGUAUGCAAGUCAAAUGCAUUUUUUAAAGCAGUUUAUGAAAGAUAGAUCUCGUGUAACUUCAAUGACUGCAGGUGACGGUUCUGAUGAAGAAAAAUCGGAUGAAAGUACGAACGAAUGUGAAAUAGAAGCUAGCAAUAAUGAACAAACAAAUGAAAAUAAUAAUCAAGAAAACGUUGACAAAGAUGUUGAUAAAGAAGUGACACAGACAAGUAGCUUAAAAACGUCCAAAUUAAGAAAAAAAAUAACCCAUACAGAUACAAAGGAAAGUGCUUCAACAACACUUAUGAAAUAUUUGGUCCAACAAAAAAGAGAAGAACAAUCUCCUCAUCCAAUCGAUAUUUUUUUUUCAUUAAUGGCCACAAGUGUAAAAAAAUUCAAUGCAACAGAUCAACAUUUCGUAAAAACCAAACUUUUUUCACUUGUAAGUGACAUUGAAGCAAAAAAUAUAGAGUCUCAAAACCGUAGAAACUUUCAACCUGAGUUUAUUCAUGGUCGUUCGUUACAGCCGUCACCCGUUCUUUCCCAAUAUUCGGCUUUAUCUACAAGUACCUCAUAUAAUGAUGUUUUUGGGCCUAAUCAACAGCAAUUAAAUCCAAUUCAAUCUCAACCUCAAGUAUAUAUAUCCGGAAAAUACUCAAACAUUCGCUAUGGCCUUCGCAAACGAUUUUAAUCGACUGAAUUAAAAUAUCAAUUGUUUUGUUACCUAUAGGUACCUAUUAUUAUUACCUAUUACCUAUUAAUAUAUUU